CACCAUAGCUUAUAGAUAUCUAAUCAAAAAAAAAUAUACCCUUGCUUGCAUCUUGACAUGGCGACGAAUUUAACCGAAAAGGAGAUUGAAGAGUUCCGUGAGAUCUUCAACAUGGUGGACACCAACCACAGAGGGCAAAUCACGAAGCAAGAGCUACUUCACCUCAUGGAUAGGCUGAAUCUUCGCCCUACCGAAGAAGAGCAGCUCUCCAUGCUCAGCAAUGCUUUGGAUAGCACCUUUCUGCAUCCUAGCGGGGACGGGGGAAAGGAGAGCAAGGAUAACUUUUCAAAAAAUGAAGAAGCAUGCACGAGGGGCAGUGGUCUCGAGAAUACGAUCGAUUUCAAUCAAUUCGUAGCUAUUAUGGGUAAACGAGUACAGGUGGAGUACACGCCGGAGCAGCUACGCAACGCGUUUAGGCAGUUUGAAACAGAUGAUCUUCCCGCUGGGAUCAUUUCGACAAACGUUCUCAAGCAUGCCUUGAUGACGUACGGCUCGGAAAAACUUAGCAGCGAGGAUGCAGAUCGGCUGAUCGCGGUUGUGGAUCCAAAGGGUACGGGUGAAAUCAAUUAUAUCGAUUUUGUCGCCAUCACUUUUGACCGAGAAUAAACACCAAGGGGGAGGAAGAAAAUGGGAUAUUGUUGCUGUUUUUCACAGAGGCGAUAUGAAGUUCCUCUGAUGUACAUUAUGCAUCCUAUAUAUAUAUAUCUAUAUAUGCGGUCAAACCUAUUGUCAUUUUUUGAACUGAAUUGUUACGUGAACUCUACUUUUUGUAGAAUAACACCAUUUUUUUGGGAAACAAAGACUAAGACAUGUACAUCUGCGAACCAACAAGGGUGAAAAAAACGCUUAAUAACAACAAAAAAA